UAAGGGGCGGGGCUUCCCUGCAGUUAUAUCCGGUAUGUUCAUUUUGUAAACAACAUGCCGGACUCGUGUAGUGACCGAACAGAGAAGGAUAAGAAACAUUCCCUAAAUAUUAUAGCCGAGGUGUCAAAGCUUGCUGACGAAAAUCUCUCUCUCAUCCGGAGCAUCAGCACGUGUCUCGCAGUAGCCGGGGUGAUUGUAAUAGCACGGAGCAUCAGGCUGAUGUCCAAAUUCGGCUCCCCGUCUGAAAUCCCGUCUCGCUUCAUUGAGAAAAAUGUCAGCCUUAGAGGAAAAGUCAGAAGUGUAACGGAGAGAGGGCUAGAAGUGGAACACGUCCCGAUACACAUCCCCUUAUUGUCUCCAUUGCUGACUAAACGUCAGGUCACGACCCCACUGCGUGUGCAUUUGGCCGGGGUGGAUUUGACCCCAGAGGGUCGCGAGUGGCUCGCCGAGACGCUGAGGACAGACGAGAUGGUGUGGCUGCGACUGAUCAGCCGACAGGACGAGAGCCUACACUGCCUGGUGUCACUCGGCGGGCGUCUUCUGUUUAACCCGUGUAUAAACGAGGAGAUCCUGCGCCUGGGUCUGGGCAGGACGGCACCUCUCCACGGCCUCGACCCUCGCUCUCGUCUCUACUGGAGACUUCACACACGGCUGCUGAAGUGUGAGCUCAGGGCUGAGAGGAAGGGCCAGGGCUUCUGGAAACAGGAGAGUCUGAGAGAAAAGCUCACACAAGCCAUCAGGAAUAACUCUAUGAUCGCAGCCGUGAGGAGGAUCGUAAAGUGGCUGUCGAGGACGAAGGACCAGUGAUGAUGAAACGAGAACUGUCAUGGACUGCUGGGAUGUAGAUGCUGGGUUUCGUUUGUUGUGGAAAAUGAGCAUCAAAGCCGUCGUGUUAACUGUUACUAAAUAUUAAUAUUGAGAAGAGUAAGUCAUUAAAAUCAUUCAAAUCCCAUUCAAUUCCAGCCAUUUAACAAUUAAAGGCAAAUCUUAACACACA